AUGGCGCCCACCAUGCUGGUGCUGCUGGUUCCGCCGUUGCCCGCAGCCCGAGGACUUCUCCGGAACUGUUGGAAGCAACUGCAGCGGAAACUUCUGCAGAGCCGACCAGGUUUUCCCAGUCCUCCUUGGGGACCAGCAUUAGCAGUUCAAGGUCCAGCUAUAUUUUCAGAACCAGCAAAUGAUACCAGUGGAAGUACGGAGACUUGCAGCCUUCUGGAUAGUAUAUUUUGGAUGGCAGCUCCUAAAAACAGGCGCAGCAUUGAAGUGAACCGGUGUAGGAGAAGAAACCCUCAUAAGCUUAUUAAAGUUAAGAACAAUAUAGACUUUUGUCCUGAAUGUGGUCACCUGAAACAGAAACAUGUCCUCUGUGGCUAUUGCUAUGAGAAGGUGUGCAAGGAGACAGCAGAAAUCAGAAGACAGAUAGGGAAGCAAGAGGGGGGCCCUUUCAAGGCUCCUACUGUGGAGACUGUGGUGCUGUAUUCGGGGGAGACACCCUCCGAGCAGGAUCAAGGCAAGAGGAUCAUUGAACGGGAGAGGAAGCGGCCGUCCUGGUUCACCCAGAAUUGA